AUGUCCAGAAGUGGGUGUGGUGCAGUGGGCGGAGCAUUGCCGGGGCUCAUAGGCGCUACUGGUCCCUCAGUGAUGAUGAAACCAUUCCUGUCGUUUCCUGUCGAGACAACAUCGCCGGUCGGACUUUUCCCAAACUUCAACACGAUGGACCCGGUGCAGAAGGCCGUCAUCAACCACACCUUUGGUGUUACUUUGGUACCCAAGAAGAAACAGGUCAUCUCAUGCAACGUCUGCCAGCUGAGGUUCAACUCUGACGCCUCCUCCCAGGAUGCUCCUCUCUCAGCGGAGUCUGAGGAGGAGAAGGCAAAGAAGCUGCUGUACUGCUCUCUGUGUAAAGUCGCCGUCAAUUCUCUGUCUCAGCUGGAGGCUCAUAAUGCAGGUUCAAAGCACAAGACAAUGCUGGAGGCUCGGAGCGGCGCGGGGCCGAUCAAGGCCUACCCUCGACCCGGAGCCAAGCUGAAGAACGGCAGCACCUCCGGAGUGAAGGGCUCCGGCCUGCAGAAUAAAACCUUUCACUGCCAGAUCUGUGAUGUCCAUGUCAAUUCUGAGAUCCAACUCAAACAGCACAUCUCCAGCAGGAGGCACAAGGACAGAGUGGCAGGAAAACCCAGCAAACCCAAAUACAGCCCUUAUAACAAACCGCAGCGCAGCUCACUCACUAAGGAGUUGGUGAAGCCCUCCCUCUCUCCCUCCUUCCUCUCCACACCCUUUGCUCCUCCGCCGUCCUCCCUCACCUCCACCAUCUCACUCCCUCCCUCCUCUCUUGCCUCUACCCCCCUCCUCACUACCACCUCCUCUCCCCUCACCCCUGCCAUCUCUCUCCACCAUCGCCCUCCAAACACCUCGUCCCUCUUCACAGCCUCCUUCCUGCGUCCGGCUCCUGGACCAAUCAGAACGAGCCAAGGAUCGAUUCUCUUCACACCUUACUGAUGAUGGCAGUGUUGGCUGUGUGGAGUCGAACUGGCGACCUUUGACCUCUGACCUCCAGUUUGUUGGAGCCACAGAGGCAGAAGAGUCCAGUAGAGACAUCAGCUUCGCCAUCAUGGCUGCAGGGAUUCAAACCUGCAACCUUCUCACCUGACUGAGGCUUCGAAAGAAGACAUGAGAGGACAGAACCUCCUCGUCCUUUUGUCUGGAUCAGACGAUUUCUUCUCCUUCUCGGGUCCGAAAAUUCACAGCUGACCUGACAGAAAGCUUUGAUGAUGUUAUCCGAACCAGAAAUGGACUCGCUGCUUUAAAUAAUCCACAGACCCGAAGGUGAACAGGAGAGAGACUGAAAGGUUCCCACAAAUCCUGGAAAAACUGGGAUUUUUAAAAUGCAGUCAUAGAUAUCUGGUGAUGGAAAAAUCCUGGAAAAUGUACAGAAUCAACCCACAAUUUGAAGAAAGCAAUAAGUGGUCCAAAAAAAUCAGUAUGCAGCUUUUUUGUCGUCCCCAUUUGUCAUUUUGAUGCUCCAGAUUUAGCUGAUUCAAAACAUUCAACUUGAGGAAAAAUAACUUUCUUUCCUUGAUCUUCUUACCAAAAAGAACCCUAAAGUACCUCGACAUUCAUGACAAAUGAUUCUUUGUGGCAGCCUGAAUCUACUGAAAAUAAAUGUUGAGUUUGGUUUUAAUAUAUUUUUGUUUGAUUGAAAUAACAAUAAUCAGAACCAGGAUUCAUGAGGAACCAGAAUCUAAAAGGUCUCAAUAAUACUCAAACCUGCUCCUGGUUAAGAAGACACACUGGUGCCAGAAAUUUGCUGCAUUUUGAUGCAGCCUUUUGUUGAGACCAGACCCAAAGGUUUACAAGAAAGGCUGGACUCAGAGCCCCGCUCAGGUCGGGUCCUCAGAGUUUGGAGGGGGUUGGUUCUGCCUCAACAAAUUUUCCCUGAACACAGAAGCUCUUCUUCUUCCUGCUGGAGGAACUAACCAGCACAAAUCUGAUGUCAGAAAACUCUGCAGACAUCCUCCAUCAUGAACGAAUACGACUGCAGAUGUCUUCAUGUCAGCACUGGACUGUGGCGCCACAGGUGCCCUCUUUCAGACGUCCCUGCACUCAUGUUCGACUCGUUCCUAACAUACAGCAGCUUUGUGUCUCAACCCAUUUGUUCCUACUGAAGUCAUGGCCAGGAUUAAAGGAAUACCAAGGUCUAAACUGUCCCAGCACAACCUCACCACCCCUGAAGUGUUUCACCUGCCAAGAAAACAUUUUGGAGGGUUUUCUAAGUUAACAAGAGAAAGUUAAAAAGAAUUCCAAGGUUAAUAAAAAUGGGGAAUUCAACUACCAAGUUAAAAUAAAGUGGAAUUAUCCUUUAAUGGAAACAUAGUUUUAACUGUCCCGCAGCAAUGGGAGCCUAAAAAAGCUCAAUAUUCUCUUUCAGAUUUAUGGCAAGAUGAACAUUUUAACAGUUUUAACAGGCCUGCUCAUUUUGGUAAAACUCAGCAAAACCCCAAUAAGCCUUAACAGAAAGUCACAUCAAAUGAUAAAUUCAGGACGGUUUGUUACUCAUUGUUGACCUCCUGCUGUAUGUUCGGAACCAGAGUUUGAACUGAAGUACAAGUAAAUGAACUCCUCCUCCUUACAUCUGAUGUCCACACUCCUGCCUGUACCUGUUGUCGUCUUCACUGCCGGCGUGUUACAGACUCACUCUGCACUCUGGACUGGGCUACUUCCUGGUUUUACAGUGAAAAAGGCCUUUCGUCCUAACUGUUGCCUGGUGUGAACGCUCAGUCUGUCGGUUUUGUUUGGGUCAACCUUCCUGCUGUCACUGAGUCUGAUGAGAACUUUUAGGAUUUUAAGGCAUCUGAGCAGAACUUUUAUUGUCACUGAAACUUUUAUCGAAGAGAGUCAGAGGAACUUUUCAUAACCUGCAACAGCAAAGGAACGUUUUCCUUAAAUAAGCUUAUUCACUUUCCAUGAGCAAAAGAAGAUAUUAACUGGUUGCUUUUUUUUCUGUGCUAUAAUAAUUUAUUUUACACUGUAUGUUGUAAAUAUUUACCCAAAGCUUUUUCAGGACUUUCAAACAACCGCACAAUGUGUCCAUCCAUCCAACAUAUUGGUCCUCCUGUCAAGAUUUGAAUGACCCCUUUAGAUUAGACCCCAUUACCUUUCCUCUAGUGCCACUGUCAGGAUAAACAUUUCUUACUCCACCACUACUAAGGCUCUAAAAAUGACAAAACAAUUAUAUGUGGCAGAAUAAUCUCAACUCAACUGUCCACCUACUAGCUUUAUUCUGAGCUUUCAGUUGCAUCUGAAUGGAGAUGGCGUGUGGAGCUGUAUAUGGUAAGCCCUGUCUCUCUUCAAAGAUGGUCUCUGACAUCGGGUAUGAUUUCUCUCAGGCCAUCAACUGACUCCGGGGCCAUGGCCUUUGACCUCUUCCCGAUUAAUGCUGUUAAUGAUAUUGGUUUGGUGUUUGCAGAAAGCUGAUGUUAUCUUCAUUGUUUAUUCGUAGCGUAUGAGAAGUGAUUGAAUGCUCUGAAAAGAGCUCAUAAGUGGACUUUUGAUUUGGAAUUAUUUUCAGUAUAUUGCUGUGUGUGUCCAUCACUUUUAUAUUGUGGCUGUAAUGAACACCGCUGCCUCCACGGGGCACUGGCCGCACAGUUGAUGGUUGGUCUGGUGUUUUAAACAAGCUGACAAAUGUCCUCCACGUAAAAAAAUAAAAACGUUCAGGUGGUUGUUUGACAGUCGUGAAAAUGGCUUCCCAGAACCAGGAGAAACCAUAGAAAACUUCACUCAAAGUUAAAGACGGGGUGAAAAACCUCCUCCCCCAUGGUGAUGUAACAGGGCUGCACUCAGUCUGUUUCUCUCCUCUGAUAGCUUUUGUUUAAAGCUUUGUCUCUUUAUCUGAGGGAGAGUCCCUUCUUCCAAUCUGUGAUCAAUUAUUUAAAAUGUGAGGAAAUGAAGCAAUGAGUGAUGAAUGGGUGUUCAGUCUUAUUGGCUGGGUUGGACUUAAAUGAGAGGUUCACAUUUAAUUUACAGGACUACAGAAAUAAUUACAGUGACCAGUAACUCCUAAAAUGAUUAAUUGGCAAAAAAUGUAAACCUUUCCUAUAAUGGGAAAGUCCUUUGGCUCAUUUUGUUGGACUUAAAUAAAAUAA